CACACAGCGGAAGUAAACAGCGAGAGCACCAGAUCUGAACGCUGCUACAUCUCCUCUCAGACUUUCCUGUUGUCCUAGAUCAUCUUUUUUUUAAAGUUUAAUAAAACCACAACAAUGUGUUCAGCUGAGAGUCUGAGAGAGUUUAUCAACCAGCGACUAACGGCUGCUGCGGAAGACAUUUUUGUAGUUUUUAAAAGAACUAUCGUGGAGUACGAGGAAGAGAUCGAUCGUCAGCGCAGACUGCUGGAUAUCGUUUGGAAACCUCACAUCAUCUUACACAGAGCACAUCUCCCAAAACAAUUUGUGUGUAAGGAGGAGGAGAAGGAGGUUCUGCCUGACCAGCAGCUCUGUACCCAGGAGAGGAACUCCAGUCCGGACCAAGAGGAUCCAGAGGCUCCACAGGUUAAAGAGGAGCAGGAGGGACUCUGCAGCAGUCAGGAGGGAGAGCAGCUCGUACUGAAGCAGGAGACUGACACAUCCAUGAUGACUCUUACUCAUGAGGAGAGAGACCACAGUGAAGAACAACUACUAAAUAAACACCAGCUCCUUUCUCACAACUCUCAGGAUGCUGAGAAUCAAGAUCCCAAAGGCAGCGAGCUCGGAGACUCGGAAUCAACUAGCAAAUCAAAAAGUCAAUUUUUAUGCAAAACAUGUGGGAAAGAUUUCUAUUCAAGCCACUCGUUAAAAUUCCACAUGAGAAAACACACAGGUGAGCGGCCUUUCUUAUGCAGCACCUGUGGGAAAAGCUUCUGUCAGUUAUCAGUCUUAAAAAAACACUUUCAAGUCCACACAGGGGAAAAAACGUUGUCUUGCAAAACAUGCGGGAAAUCGUUCAGGGAUAACCACGACUUGACGGUCCACAUGAGAACACACACGGGUGAGAAGCCUUACACCUGCAACACCUGUGGGAGAAGAUUCAGUCAGAUAUCACACCUGAACAGUCACAUUUUAAUCCAUACAAAUGAAAAGCCGUUUACUUGCAGGACAUGUGGCCGAUCGUUCAGACGUAGCAGUGAAAUGAGAAACCACAUGAGAACACACACAGGUGAGCGGCCUUACCCCUGCAGCACCUGUGGGAAAAGAUUCUAUCGGAGACCAGAGUUGAAUAGACACCUUCAAACUCAUACAGGUACACCUUUGAGUCAUUCAGACUCGUUACUGUCCCACAAGGAUGACAAUCCUGAUUUGCAGCAGGAGCACACAGAAGACAACAAACACAAGGACGACAUCGCCGUUCUGUCUGAAUUAGAAUAAAAGUUCAACAAUCAGACGACACAACAAAAAAUACAAAACAUCGCAAUGAAAUCAGUGAAGAGCUCAGACCACGAUGGGUUAGUGCGAGGAGGUGUGCAGUGAAAGUGCAAAGAGAGCAACCAAAGGGCUAGUUGAUAUCUUUAUUGCAACAGGGACAAAUGAGACCGCCUGUUACUAUGGUAACUCUUUCAGUCAACCUAUCGACAGGCUGAGAGCUGGAGCUGAGGCGGUGAGGACAAUAACUUAUCAGACCGGGGGAGGAGACAUUGUGAACAAACUGCUGAGAAGAGAGGCCUUCUACACUCCACACAGGUGAACCUCAUGGACUGAUUGAGCCGCUCGUGUUUUCUAUAAUGUUGUCUUUAAAGUCUCCAUGGAGAAACAGUUGUCGUCUUGUUAAAAAGGUGUAUAUGUUGUAAAUAUGAUCACACUUGCGAUGGGAUGUUAUGAGUGUCACAGUUCUGUUAACUCCCUGCUUUUCUCUCACUGUCAUUAACCAAUGGGUGAAGACUCUCUGUGAGCAGGAGUGUAAAUCUGUACCUGUUUGACUCGGAGGAAUCUUAAGACCUUUGCACCUAAAUACAUUUUCCUUUGGAUCCUGCCUGAGAGAAGGAGUCCGAGGUCGUUCUCUGAGAGCAAUGACCUCCAAGAGUUUCCUUCUAAUUAACUUUGUUUAUGCCUCUUGGGGAAAUAGAUUUUGAGCAGCUUUUACCUAGAAAAACAUUCAGACGCCAAGGCCAAAACAAGACAAUGAGACAGAUCUGUGGUGCCAGAUAUGAGAACAGUUAUCAGGUGGUCAGAAGUGGUUCAGAUAGAAGUGAUUGUACCCGACCUAAAAAGCCUCUGCAUGUUUCUAAUAAGCUCCACGAGCAGAAACGUGCUCAAACUAGGAUCAAUAUUGGAGAUGCUUUUGAAAAAUGGAGAGAGGUUAGAACACAGAAAGGUUUACAGACCCAUGCAGAGCUGGAUAAACACUGAAGCUUCAGAGUCCACCACAUGGUGACCUGUGUGAGCAUCCACUCUAGAGAGGAGGGGGGGGGGGAGAGACAGCGCUCUAUGAUGUUUAGAAUUUAGACUGCAGUACCCGUUUUAAACACUAGGGGUCAGAGUUACAUACUGCUCCUUUAAUGAUUAAUACUUGGAAAGGUUCUUGUAGAGAAAUAUGAGUCCAUGACAAAACUGCAGGUAAACUCCGUCACACUGUCUAAAUUGUGCAAAUUCAUCUGCAACAUGUUGGAGCUGACUGUAAGAGAAAAGUUCAACCAUCCCAGUGCACCUGUUCUGUCCUGUACCUGUGCACAUGGCAACACCUCAUCUACUGGAAGUUUACAAUCCUGGUAUCAUGACGACUCAAAGUUUGUGUGACAUCCAUAAAAACUCUGCUGCUGUUUAAAUGAAACAAUAACAAUGAAUUAAACUUUGACUCGUCUAUAAACAUC